UGAACCGAAUUUUGACAAUAACAUGGAUCAAACUAAAAAACCCCUUUUGAUUCCUCCAGAAUUUGCAAAUUAUGCUCAAAAACAUGGAAUAUUCCAAACAUAUGAAAGACUGCUUUCAAAGCUUAUAAUAGAACAACCAUCUGACCCUUUAACGUUUAUGAUAGAAACACUGAAACAAGAAGAAAAUGUUCCAGAAAUCAUUAUUGGUGGGCCACCAGCAGCAGGAAAAAGGACAAUGGCUGUGAUGGCAAGUCGUCACUUGGAAUGCGUUCAUAUUACCAUGGAAAAUCUUAUAAAUGAGUCUGACUCAAAGGAUGCCAACAAGGCUAAAGAGUACAUGAAUGCCAAACAGAGUGUCCCCACACACAUUUGGAUAAAUUUAUUAAAAGAGAGACUUCAAAAUAAAGACUGCAUUUCAAAGGGUUGGCUUCUUGAAGGAUUCCCUCACACAAGAGAACAGGCAUUAGCUCUUCAAAGUGAAGGAAUAAUCCCAAAGCACUUUGUUCUUCUUGAAUGUCCUGACACAGUUCUAGUAGAGAGAGUUAUGGGAAAAAGAAUUGACCCAGAAACUGGAGAUGUGUAUCAUACAACAUUUGAUCCACCAAGUGAGCCUGAAGUUGUAAGCCGCCUGAUUCCUGAUCCAAAAUCUGCMGARAAAGUAAUGAUUGAAAGACUAAUGGAAUACCACAGACAUAUAAAUGGUAUAUUGAGUUGCUAUGAAAAAAUCUACAAGACAGUAAAUGCUGAUCAACCAAAAGCAGAUGUGUUUUCACAAGUUCUUGCAUAUCUCAAGUCCAAUCCACGUACCAAUGCACCCCACACUCCUCGUGUCGUACUUCUUGGUCCCACUGGGUGUGGGAAGAGUGUACARGCAGAACUCCUUGCAAGCAAGUACAACCUUGUCAAUGUGUCCUGUGUGGAGCUAAUCAAGCAAUGCCUGGUUGAUGACUCUAAAAUUGGAGAGAUUGUCAGACCUUAUGUGGAGAGAAAAAUGUUGGUGCCGGAUGAUACUGUUCUCCAACUACUGCGCAGUAGACUAAGUCAACUGGAUGCUGUUACAAAGGGGUGGGUGUUGCAUGGGUUCCCCAAAACACGAGAACAGGGGGAGGCAUUGUCAAGAGCUGGCUUUGAACCAAACAGAGUAAUCUUCAUGGAUGUUCCAAAUGACACAAUACUAGAGAGAUUGUCUCUAAGAAGCAUGGAUCCAAUCACUGGAGAAAGAUAUCACCUCAUCUACAACCCACCAAGGACAGUUGAAGUUAGAGAGAGACUGGAAAGGAGUCCCAAAGACGAGGAGGAUUCAAUAAACCAGCGCAUUGCACAAUAUCAAGCAUAUGUUGAYGACAUAUCAGAGUAUUACGAAGAUGUUGGACAGCAUAUCAAUGCAGAUCAAGACAUUCACACCGUUAUGGAGUGCAUUGAGAGCAUCAUUGUCAACCCUUUGCCAAGAAAAGAACAAUAAACUUUAUAAGUACAAAUCAAUAAGAGAGACUCAGCGAUAGGGGGUAGUUUUACAUUUUGUCCCUACCCCUGGAGAGUGCAAUAAAACUGGCAAAUAUGACAAGGUUCAAGUAUAAAGCCUCCAAAAGUUUGUCCAACUAAAAAUGGACAUGUGAAACACUGGGAUUUGGUCUUAUGGAGUCCAUAUUACUGACAGUAUUAUUUACCCCAAGUUCACACUUGGCUUUAUUUCAUUGUCUAAAAAAUGGCUUCAAAACAUUCACAUUGUAAAGAGUUUGUAUUUCUUGUUGAGUCGUGAAGAUUAUCAAACAUAUUUUCUCAAAAUGGCUCAAAACUUGUAUGGGUUUAAUAAUUUAUUUUAUUCACAAUUUUACAAGAUGUUUCUGUACAGUAUUAAAUAUUAAAGUUUUUUACACUGUU